CCCUUCCCAGUGACCCUUUGAGCCCAGUUCCAGGCUCCCAGGAGGUUUUCCGCUCCCGGGGGAUCAGCGGACGGAACUUCCACCUGCCAGCAUGAAGCUCCCGGGCGCCUCCUGCGUCUUCCUCCUCCUCCUCCUCUGGCUUAUGGUGCCCCCCGAAGCAGGCGCCCAGGCCUCUUGCUCCAGUCGCUGCGGGGACUCCCUCGCCGCCUGCUCCUGCCACGCCACCUGUGAGAAUCUGGGACGCUGCUGCCCGGAUUACUGGAGGUUCUGCCUGAAGGCCUCCCCCUCCUCUGGCACCCUCCUCGGCGGCAGAGACCUCACCCUCCUAAAUGCGACGUUUGAGACGGGCGUCCCCGUGACGUGCAGGUUCGCCGGGACCACCGAGACCCAGGGAUACGUCGGCCCGGAUGGCCGGCCGCACUGCAUCUCCCCUUUGCUCUACGAACUCGGCCUGGUCAGCCUGGAAGUUUCUCGGGACGGUGGGAAGACCUUCCCUUGGUCGGCAUCUUGGAGUUCGGUUCAUCACAACAAGGUUCCCCCUUCGGAGAAAAGCACGCUGGUGAACGAAACCAAGUGGCAAUACUACGGCACGCCGGGCACCGGGGGGCCCCUGACCCUCACCUGGAACCCCGAGGGGCUGCCAGCCGCCCACGUUCAUCUAGAAGUCUGGGGCUACACCGAGAACGGUAGGCGGCUCUCGUUUUGCCGGCAUGUCACCUUUUUCUGUGCCAGGAAGGCGGCUCGGAUGGGGAGGGGACGGUGUAAGCUAA